GCUUGUCUUGUGUGCGGUGAGGGACAGUGUCAAGUCACACCGAUUGUUCUUUUUUUCUGCUUCUUUUCCCUUUUUGGGGGGUUGGUUUGUUGGCGAAUGGGUUAGGGGAGUUCUUUAGGGAGAGAGCAAGUCGCACAUUGUGAGACAAGUUGUGGAAGGGUUGAGCACGUGGUAGUCUGAGAUUGGGUUUUGUACAUGAGGCUGUCUACAUCCUGAGAGGAAAAACUAAAAUGAGGGAUCAGAAGGGGGAACCGAAAGUCAAUGAUGACGGUGUGUUUUGUAGGAGGCUCUUGUUCCCCGCGUUGUCGAGCAUCGGCACCGGCCGCCGCCCCCAUGGUUUGCUGCUGCGUCUGAUGUGUCUUUUUUUGCCGAUUCGGCUUGACAGAAUGUCACCUUCUGAUCACCACUCUUUUUCCAACUGUUCGGUAUGUGGGAUUGACCCACAGCUCUUUCUUUCUGCCUUGCGUAAUGGGUAGACUUUCCCAUCUUUGCUUUGCCUCCGGAGUUUAGAAAGCCCUGGGUAGCUGUUAUUAAUCGAUAGCGUCUUUGGGCCUAGUGGUGCCGUCAUUCAUCAAGACAUUGCUCCCAGCCUUCUCGCAGUUUUUGCAACGUCUUGUCAUCUUUCAACAAUUGAUGGGGCUUUUUGUUCUUUCCCACGAACUAAUAUCUACCUCGAUACUUGACAGCUCUGCAUCCGCCGAGCUCUGCCUUGGACCCGCAUCCGUUUGCAUCACCGCGCAUCUGGCAGUCAAAAUAAGCUUUGUGGUCCCCAUUGCCGACAGAUCCUGGCUGUUGAGGCGGUAGAACUGACGACAUUGUUCGACAAAAACGUUGUUAGUGAGGGGUGCUUCCCUCGAUCCCGGGACUGGUCGUCCCAUCUAGGCCCAGUAGUUGAGAACUCUGCGACUCGAAGGGCUAGCUAUAGUCUUGCGAUUUGCCCACAUCGCCACACUGGGUCGAAUAAUCUCGACUGACAAGCUUCCACUGUAGGCGCUGGCCACGAAACAUUAUCGCCAUCACUUGCUUACCGACCUAUAACAUCACGUCCAAACUGCCCAACAGCAUCAUGGCUGGCGUUGCUGACGACCCAGAAAAGCGCACAACGCCAAGCAGUGGGACAAGUCCCGCGAGCACCAUCCGAGUCGACAGAAGCGAAAACCAGUUGGCGCAGUCAUCAUCAACGUCGAAGGAUGAAGUGGGCGAGCUCUCCUCCAAGGCCGAUGUGCCGCCUGUCGCAGCCUCGGGACCAGCGCCAGAGGAGUCACGUACCAAGUUAGAAACGACACUGGUCAUCACCGCACUGGCGAGCGCGCUCUUCCUUGGCGCACUCGAUAUCACCAUCGUCAGUGUAGCCAUUCCGACAAUUGCGGAGGAAUUCGGCUCGACCGCUGGGUACACAUGGAUUGGAUCGGCAUACAUGCUCGCCAGCGCGGCCGGCGCGCCGAUGUGGGGGAAGAUAUCUGAUAUCUGGGGCCGGAAGCCCAUCAUGCUCAUUGCCGUCGGCAUUUUUUGGAUUGGGUCCCUGCUGAGUGCUCUCAGCAAGAAUAUUGGCAUGCUCAUUGCUGCUCGGGCGAUCCAGGGCAUUGGUGGUGGCGGCAUCAUCAUUCUUGUCAACGUUUGCAUCAGCGACCUGUUCUCCAUGCGAAAACGAGGUAUCUACUUUGGUGUAAUGGGAAUCGUUUGGGCAGUGGCCAGCGCCGUCGGUCCUGUUCUUGGCGGUGUCUUUACAAGUCAGGUUACCUGGCGGUGGUGUUUCUGGAUCAAUCUGCCAGUAUCUGGCGUUGGGUUUGCGGUGCUGGCUUGGGUGCUGAAGCUGCACAACCCUCGCACCCCGAUGCGCCAGGGGCUCGCUGCCGUCGACUGGUUGGGUUCGCUUGCGGUUAUCGGCGGAACGCUGAUGGUCCUUUUCGGCCUCGAGUUUGGAGGCGUGACCUACCCAUGGUCGUCGCCCACCGUCAUCUGCUUGAUCGUUUUCGGUGUGGUGACGGCUGGCAUAUUCGUCUUGAUCGAAUGGAAGGUGGCCAAAUUUCCACUGAUGCCGUUGCGUCUGUUUCGUCGGCGAUCCAGCAUUGCCAGUUUGGGUGUUGCUGCUUUUCAGGGCAUUGUCUUCAUCUCGGGAAGUUACUACCUGCCGCUGUACUUCCAAGCGGUCCUCGGCGCCUCGCCAUUGAUGUCCGGCAUCUACGUCCUGCCUUUUGUCUUGUCUCUCUCAGUUGUCUCUGCCAUAACUGGCGUGGUCAUCAAGAAGACAGGAAAAUACUUGCCUUGUAUUAUCUUUGGCAUGUCUAUCAUGACUCUGGGUUUCGGGCUUUUUAUUGCUCUUGAACCGCAGGCCAACUGGGCCAAGAUCGUCGUCUUCCAGCUCAUAGCUGGCAUCGGUGUGGGGCCAAACUUCCAGGCACCGCUUAUUGCGCUUCAAACAACCGUUGGGCCUCGAGAUAUGGCAUCAGCGACGGCAACUUUUGGAUUUAUCAGGCAGUUGUUCACCGCGAUAUCUAUUGUGAUUGGGGGUGUUGUCUUCCAAAAUGGGAUGGAGGAGCAGUAUCCCAGACUGCUAGAGGAAAUCGGACCCGAUGCUGCGAACAUGCUCUCUGGGAGCAACGCGGCUUCCAGCAUUGGCUUUGCCAUGAGCCUGCCUGAGCGUAGUCGACGAGUUGCCCAAGAAGCCUACUUCAAGAGUCUGAGAACCAUGUACAUCAUGUAUGUUGUGUUCGCGGGAGUGGGAUUGAUCGUCUCCUUCUUUGUUGGGUCCCGCAAGCUGAGCAACGACCACCAAAUACACAAAACAGGACUGAAGGACAUGAAGGCUGCCAAGGAGAAGGAAAAGCCUCGACUGCCGGUUGAUGGCGGUCUAGACGAAGAACAGAGGGUUCCAGAAGGGAACUCCAAGAAACUUCCCAAGGAGUCCAAAGGGGGAAAGAAGGGAGGCAACUCGAUGAAAUUCUUCUUUGAGUGA